CAAUAUAGAAAGUACAAGAGACCCAUGCUUUUGAAUUACAUACGUGAAGUGUAUAUUUUUUCGUGCUGAAGUGGAUAUGUGUUGUGAUGAGUUUAUUAAUAAACAUUUCGCUGACGUGAAAGUUGAAGUUCAAUGAAAGAUAAGAUAUGGCAGCUGACACAGCCGACUAUCAAGAAAAUGGAACAAAUAAUUUAGACAGAACUGGAUCAAGUAAUCAAGUAAAUAAUACAGAAAUACACACAAUUAUAGAAAAUGAUCAAAAUGAUUCAUCUAAACGAGUAAACAUAGAAGAAACAAAAACAGAAAAUAACUCUAGCAUUAGCAAUCAUGAUCAAGCGAAUAACAAUAAAGAAUGUACAAAAAAAGAAGAAAUAGACGAAUCCCAAAAAGUUGGAAAAGAAAGAAAACUUUCACAGUAUUUAGCUAAUCUUAAAAAUUCUAACUCCAAUAAUGGACUGGUAAUGACUGAAAAGGAUAAAGAUACCGCACUAAUUACAUAUAGUAAUGUCGUAUCUAGAUUUUCACCAGUAUGGAGGCAGAGUCUUGCAGCUUCAGCGUCUAUCCUGUUGACGUUCACAGCCGGUCUCACGUCAGGCUACUCUGCCAUACUAUUGCCGCAACUACAAUUACCCGGUAGCCCAAUAGUCAUGAAUCACAGCACAAUGUCUUGGAUUGCUGCAAUGGCCGCCCUCCCUAUGGCGCCAGGCUGUCUCAUAUCUGGCUGGAUGAUGGAGAAAUUCGGAAGAAAAACAUCACACUACAUCAUCUGUGCACCGUUCUUGCUGGGAUGGAUACUCAUCAGCUGCGCGAACAACCUAGGCUUAAUGCUUCUCGGAAGAUUUUUCACUGGUCUUUGCGUCGGUCUAUUAGGUCCAUUAGGUCCAGUUUACAUCGGUGAAAGCUCUGAACCUAAGUACAGGGGAUUCUUUCUCGCUGCAAUAUCUUUAGCCAUAGCAAUAGGAAUUUUCGUCGCUCAUUUAAUAGGAACAUUUAUGACCUGGCAAUGGACAGCGACUAUUUGCUGUCUAUUUCCAAUACUAUCAAUAGUUUUGCUCACAUUGACACCAGAAAGCCCUACGUGGCUCAUAUCUAAAGGAGAAAUUGAUGACGGCAUAAAAUCUUACUACUGGUUAAGAGGUUACAGUGAUGAGGCUAAGACUGAAUUAAAAGGCAUUAUUGAAAACCAAAAAGCUGCAAAUUCAGAACCAGUGAUGACAUUGAAAGAAAAAAUCAUUACUUUGUUGAAUCCAGAAUUAUUGAAACCAUUAUUUAUAAUGAUACUGUUCUUUAUAACUUGCCAGUUCUCUGGAGUAAAUGCAGUUGCAUUUUAUUCUAUAGUAAUCGUUGAGAAGGCAGUAGGAAAAGGUUUCGACCACUAUUUAGCAAUGUUGAUUAUAGAUUUAGUUAGAGUGGUAAUGUCAGUGGUGGCCUGUGUGAUUUGCAAGAUGUACGGUCGGCGGCCAUUAACAUUCAUUAGCGGCACUUGGACGGCGAUAUCAAUGGUCGGACUGUCGAUGUUUUUGUAUUUCAGACCAGAGAAUAUGUCGUGGCUACCGCUGUGUUGCCUAAUGGGUUACAUUUGUGCUAUCUCGAUCGGUUUAGUUCCUAUACCGUGGAUCAUGUGCGGGGAGGUGUUCCCCACACGAGUUAGAGGGCUGGGCUCGGGCAUCAGUUCGGCUAUAACGUUUGUUGCAUUUUUUGCCGUCGUCAAAACUGCCCCUGGAAUGAUGAUGAAUUUAGGAGAAAUGAUAACAUUCCUUAUCUACGGUAUCAUAGCUCUUGUAGGCACUGGUAUAUUAUUCUUUAUUCUACCAGAAACGAAAGGAAAGAGUUUGCAAGAGAUCGAAGAUAGGUUCAAGAACGGAAAGAAACCCAGUGGACCCAAUGUUUAAUUUUAAUGCAACCUGCCAGAAGUUAUUCUUUUAUUUUUAUAUAGUGUAUUCGCUAAGCGAUAAAUAUAUUAAUCUGUGAUACUCAUUAUUGUCAGCUAUGACUGAAUAAAAAUCAUAUUUUUGUGAUACUAACCGC